AUGAGGCUUUUUGGCGAAGCCAAGUCAAUUUCGGGCCACCAAACCCUGCAACUGAUGAGAAGGCCCUAUGGAGUAAAGGGAAGCGUGUACGUUGUCACACUCCCUGCCUUCCAAAGGUGCCUAGAGGACGGGCCAGACGCAGCAGAGCGACGACCGGGGAGCGGGUUCCCCACUGGAAGGGGGACAGGAGACGGCCAUCUCAAGGCACAUCACGACCUACAGGCAACACCGGCGAGACCUGGGAAAGCAACCCGAUUGGGUGUCAGAGGAUCCAUAGUACCUGCAGCCUCCCGGACUUCAUAUUCAUCAUUUUGGAAAGCGAGGGGAAGGGAUCUCUUUUCUGCAACGGAAAAAAAGGGAGCAGAUUUGACUCGGCACAACCUAACGAUACAUCCAAUACCAAUGAUCUGUGCCUAG